CUGCCGGGGCCCGAGCCGCUUCCGGGCCCUCCCGGCGGGGGCCUGCGGAGCAGUGCGGCCGCCACCUGCCCCCGGCCCGGUGUGUGCGGAGCGGCGCAGCCUCCCCGGGGAGCGGCCGGGGGAGGGAGGCGCCGGGUUCAUGUUGCGGGGCGCCGAGCCUAGCCCGACCCCAGCUCAGGCGGCGAGGACGAGCUGGCAUUUCAGUAGGACUAUGGAGGAGCUGGUUCAUGAUCUAGUCUCAGCACUGGAAGAAAGUUCAGAACAAGCCAGAGGAGGUUUUGCUGAUACUGGAGAUCAUUCUCGAAGUGUGUCUUGUCUUCUAAAGCGACAGGCAAGAAAAAGGAGGGGACGAAAAAGACGUUCAUUUACCACCCAUCAUCCUUGGGAGACUGGUCACUGUUUAAGUGAAGGUUCGGAUUCCAGUUUAGAAGAAUCAAGCAAAGAUUACAGGGAGAAUCAUGCUAAUAAGAAAGACCACAGUGACUCGGAUGACCAGUUAUUGGUUGCUAAACGUAGGCCUUCCUCAAACUUAAAUAACAUUAGAGGCAAAAGACCUCUAUGGCAUGAAUCAGAUUUGGCUGUGGACAGUUUAGGAAAUAGAACUUUGCGUAGGAGAAGAAAGGUGAAACGGAUGGCAAUAGAUCUGCCAUCAGAAGUUUCUAAUGCACUGACAAUAACUCAACAGCAGGAUAACAGAGAUCAAGAAAUGGACAAUGACAACAAAUUGUACCAACAUCAAGAGUUUUCCAAGAGCAAAGUGAAAAAAAGAAAAGUAGCUGCAGUUCGACAAGGACCAGAAGUCUUGGAUGAAGGAGUAGUAAUAGAAAACGAAGAAGUGAACCAAGCAAAUAAGGACAAAAUGGACUAUGAGGAGCAAAAGGGCUCAGAUGAGAACAUGAGUGACAGUGAAUCCAGCAGUCUGAGCAGCAGUGAUGCUGGUUUGUUUACCAAUGAUGAGGGAAGACAAGGUGAUGAUGAGCAGAGUGAUUGGUUUCAUGAAAAUGAAUCUGGUGGAGCAUGUGGAAUUACGGGGGUCAUUCCAUGGUGGGAACAAGAAGACUCUACAGAACUGGAGAGAGAAUUGCCUGAUCCAGUCUUUGAAAGUAUCUUAACGGGUACUUUCCCCCUUAUGUCCCAUUCAGGAAGGAGAGGUUUCCAGAGUAGAUUUAGUCAUCUUCAUGGAAUGCCAGCAAGAAACAUUAAAAAGGCUUCAGGAAACCAGAAUGCAUUGAUACCUCCAGGACCAGGUGGUAGCAGGAAAACGGUUCACUUGUCCCAGGAUUCUCUUCACCAUGACCAUUGGUUUAGCCCUGGGGCUAGGAAGGAACAUAGCCAGCUUCAACUCUUGCGAGACAACCGAUCGGACAGAGGACACAAGAAGAACAGCUCUGUAAAAACAGCUAGCAGGCAAACCAGUGUGCAUUUAGGAUCAUUGUGCAUGGGAGACAUCAAACGGAGAAGGAAAGCUGCUCCCCUGCCAGGACCCACAGGGUUUGUAGGUGAAAACACCCAACCAAUCCCAGAAAACAACAUCGGAAACCGAAUGCUUCAGAGCAUGGGCUGGACUCCUGGCACAGGCCUCGGACCAGACGGCAAAGGGAUAGCAGAGCCAAUACGAGCCAUCCAGAGACCAAAAGGACUCGGACUUGGAUUUAGCUGACAGAAAUACACUCUGGCUGCCAAGUAAAAGUUAAGAUCAAAAAUAAUUUAAAAAGACAAGAGAAAAAGUUGCUAUCUUGUGUUAUUCAUUAUGAUCAGCAGAUCCAGUUAUUCUCUUCUCAAAGAUCACUGAAGUCUUUGUGCUUCACAUCAGCUACACCAGCUGCAAAGUAUAGCCACAGCGGCAGAACUGGCGUUUGAAUCUAACUUUACAAUGGUGCUAAAGUGUAUGAACACUUGUACUUUUUUAUUUUCUCCGGUCUUAGAGUUUGUAUUCAGCAUAAAAUUCAGUAUAUUCACUUCUUUUCAUAAAAGCUUCUGACACAGCAGAUUUUAGUACCUAAGCAAAUUUUUUUUGUACGUAUAAUUUCAUCUCAAGAGUCUUGAUAAGAUUUGUCAAGGAAAAUGGAACUUUAUACAGCUAUUGUGUUUUCCCCCUUUUCAGGCAAAAUUUCCAAACCUAAUAUUUCUAGUGUUUAACAGUAUUUGAGGAUAAGCUGUCAUUUUGCCCGUAAGAUAUACAGGUUUCCAACUGGAAGGUGAUAUGGUAUACAGUUUUGUAUAAGAAUAUGAAAAAUGGUUUUGUCAUCACAGGAAUGCCAUUCCAACAUCAUUAUCUGGCAGUGUAUCACAGUCUUCCAUGUUCAGGCUCAAAAGUAAAGCUUUUAUACUUGUUUUUACAUUUACAGGACUAUCUUUUUUCAGCAGAUAUUUAAAUUUAAAGUUUAUUCUGAGUUUGGAUUUCUAUUUAUAUCAGUAAUCUUCAAUGUGUCCACAUUUAAGAAUAAUUUUGGCUUUGAACCUGGAAAUUGUAUUUUAAAGAUGACUUUGUCUUUGAGUGUUUAUAUACUGGGCUUUGGCAUAUUUUAAACAAUGCAGUCAGUGUUCAGCGUUCGUUUUGUUAUCGUGCUGUUGUGAGUGAGCCACAAUCUUUAAUGAUUAUGAAGAAACAGAAAAAGGACAAGGAGAAGCAAGAUUAGAGUGGAGGAAAGGAAGGGAAAAGAUACUUUGGCAUCUCACAAAUCUAAGCUAGCAAUUUAAAAUCAAGAGGGAUCAUUAAGUGUUUUAAUCAGUAUCCUAAUGUAUCUAAUGUCAGCAGAAGUAAUUUCAUUAAGCAGUAACCAAUCAAGCUCCUAGGGCACUAUUGGUCUGCAGUAUAAAACAAAUUCUACUUUAAAAUUAAAUGAUAGGGCUGAAGAAAACUGUUGUUCAGAUGGACUAAGGAGAAAAUUCUGACCCUGUUGUAGUAGUUGGCAAUAUUUACCCUGUUUACGCAGGGAACAGGAUUUGAUUCUUCAGUCUUUUUUUCUUCCCCUUCUGUGCUACCAGACUGCUUAGAAAAAUAUUUACCUCUAGAUGCUUGCAAAGAUGACUCCUUAGAAUAAGAGGAGCACAGCUUCCUUCAUGUGACUGUGAAAUAUAGUGAUGAAUUUUAAGAAGUAUUUUUAUUACUUGUCUUUUUCUCAGCUUCACCAAUUAUUUCCACAAAGAUAAUGCUAGGAAAAGAAAAAGUAGCAGCAUUAUAGCACUGAAUUUGCUUAAAAGUAAUGUUCAUCCUUUCCACUGUGAGUGCUGUCAGUUUGGGAACAUUCUUUCAUGAUUACCUAGAGUAAAAGAUUAGUACCUAACAUUGUUUUUAAUGAUAGCUGAAUGCACAUGUUCUCUGAGUUUCAGAAGAACUAUCUAUUGUUGUUUGAAUCCCUGGUAUCAUUGUGUGGUUUUACUUUUUGACACGAUAAGAAAUUUUAAACAGGGUUGAUAUUUAUAAUCAACAGCAACUUUUAUGGAGGGUUUUGGGGCAUAGCUUAAUGUAAAUUAGCCACCUCAAAUAUCUCUUGCACAACCAAACUGAGUUAAACACAUUCCAUAUCCAGAGAAUUUCAGGGCCACGUAAUUGCAAAGGGCCAAGAACCUGGAGGUCUGCAGACAGCAGAGGUGCUCACUUCUGUAAUUGUUUUUUUGUUUUUUUUACAAUAAUGAAUUUAUGUGGCACACUCCCAUUCUUUCAAUGCAAUGUACUGCUAGGGCAACUGAAGACCUCUUUGUCUUAUACACAAUCAGAAAUUCCUUCAAAUAUUUUGCAACAUGUGAGUUAAGGACAGGAAAUGAAUAUAUUAGUUCUAAUUAUUCUUGCUCUAUAUGAAAAACUGUAAAGGAAUAUUGAUUCUCUCUUAAAAAUUCAUUCUUGUUCUUUGGUUACAACUCCAACAUGUCUUGGGUAGGAAAUUUUAAGUAUGGCAUAUAUAACACUGAGGUAUUUCUGUGCAUUUUAUCAUCAUAGUAGUUCCUCGAGAAAUCAGUCUGCAGCUCCAAAAGUACUUGAAAAUAUUUCCUGUUUUAUGAAGAUAAGAGGAAAAUAAUGGAUACUUGUUGAGAGAAAACCUCUUUUCAGCUUUCAGCUCUAUUCAUCCAUUCAAACAGAUACACUUGAGCAUAAAAAUAAAUAGCCUUAAUCGAAGAAUUAUUUAGUAAGAUCAGAAAUCUUAUAACUUUUUGGUUUAUAUCAGUGUUAGAAAUGAUUAGAUGUUAAAAUUAGUCACAUUGAUUUUGGUAUGGAGAUAAGUAAACCUUUAUUUUCCAACAGGUAUUCCUAUAGAUGCCACAGCUAACAGUCAGCUUCAUCUUGUAGAAGCUGUAGAAGAAACUGAUUUAUUAAAAUAUAUUAAUCUAGCGUUUCAAGACAUUUUAAUGUCACAGUAAAAUUCCCAUUCAGACUCACACUAUCAUUUUUCUGUUUUUCCACAAUCUCACAGGAGUGAUUUUAAAGAUAUUCCAGUAGUGUAAUUGUGCACAGUUAAAGCUAGUGUUAAGAAACAAAACAAAAAUGGAUCACUUUUUGUUUUUUUUUUCUUUUUUAAGCCACCGCAGUGUUAGUUGGCUUUGAAACAAGUCAAAGUACUUGGAUUUUUUUCCUUCAGGUUUUUCCCAUACCUAACUUGCAAUCAUACUAUGACACAUGCUAUAAAGCUGGCUCACACUAUUUUAAAAUACAUAUAAAAGUAUUUUCAGAUAAUAAUUCCUGAUGGCUGUGAUACUGAAGGUUUUUAUGCCUACAUAAAUAAAUAUGGAAUCAUCUUGUAUCUAAAAGUUACCAUCACUCACCAGAUUCUUUCCAUUUAGGUGUUUGAUUAAUUGAUAGUUCAGCUGGUAACAUAAUAUUCUGCCUAUGCAGAAUGUUUAGUAAAAAGAAGACGCAUACAAUAUUACUGGCAUUGCAUUUUGCUACAUGUUCAUUGUGUCUCAGUUCUGUGAAUUAAGCCAUUAACUGUUAAUAAAAGAAACACAUGAGCGGUUUCUGGCAGAAUCCUGUUUUUAAAUAAAUAUUUGUUGAAGUCAAAGAAGCAUUAUCAGUAUGCUUAUUUUAACAAGUUUGUCCCUGCAUCCAUCUUUCUGCAAUUAGGUCAAUAAUGGGUGUAGAAUGGCAGUAAGUAGCUAAUAAUAUGUAUAGAAUGCUUUGCUUUAACAACACAAAUGCAAGAUGAAAUAAAAUAAUAAGACUUCA